AUGUAUGAACGAGAAAAUUUCGGUCAAUCGCAACCGCCGUUGCUGAAAUCGCCACCUCCGAUGGCGUCACCAAUGGAUUCGAACAGAUCUUAUCGCUGGACAUCGAUGACUGCUGCCAACAGCUCAAAAUUGUCUGAGACGCCAGUGAAAGGAACGCAGAAAAAACCGGAUACUAGUUGGUGGUCGCCGUCUCGUGGUGAUACAUGGCGUUUGAAUGCACCUCGCGGAAGAACUCUGGACCUUGUGGCAGCAUUUGAUCAGUGUGCUCGCCAAGAACAACUCGAAGCUCCUAAAUAUGUGAACGUUAGCAGAUACCGCAGAAAUAGUGAGCCGAUGCACGAAAAUGAAGAGAAAGAGAUUGUGGCUACAAACUUUAUUGAUGAUUCAAUGAUAGAUGAUCAUGAAGAAUACGAGGAACACGAUAUCGAACUUGACAUGGACUAUUACGAAGUUCCUGUCGUUAAACACUACCGAUCAAAUCAUAAAAUUCAUCGUUUGGAAAAAGAGAAGCACGGAGACCCUAUGCAUGUUUCCAUUGGUCAAGGCAGUCGUGAUCAAAGUGUGUCAUCUUCCCGAACUCGCACCUCUGUUGAACACAUGGGCAGUGACGGAUGUGGCGAUUCCAAGCAGAAUUGUGUCACUGUUGCCGGGUUCAUCACUUCUACUCCACAAGUAGUGAAAACCAGUUCAGAGUUAGAUUUUCUCAUUCAAACUGAACCAAUAAUUCCAGAAGAUUAUUCGAAGUACUUCGGUAAUGAAGAAUCGAUACGGACCUCACCUAAAAGUCGUCGUGAUCGUAGGGAACGUCGAGGAACUCAAACAAUAGUUCCUCCAUCGUUCGAUUCGCCAGCUUCUCAAAGGAAACCAAAAUCAGUGAUUUCUCCAGCAGCACCAGAAGUUUCCAGAGUAGAUAUUCGCUCUCCGCUUGUCAAAUCGAUUGCCAGUGAGUUCGAGAAGGCUGACUUUGGGUUUCAUCGUAAAAUCGAUGCAGCUCAGGAGAUAUCGGAUUUGCGAAAGCAGGCAGGAAUUGACGAAAAUCAGAAUGUUCUUGCUGAAUCGUCAGUUGAGGAUACCAGUAACCAGUCUGUUCCGAGAAUCAGCUAUCUUGAAAUGCGUCCUUCUAUUCAAAUGGGUGUCAGCGGAUACAAACUGAAAAAUCGAGAAAAUACAACUACAACAGCUGAUAACGAAGAAGACAUGUACUCUCUCCCGGUUAAACAACAUUACAAAAAACUAGAGAAGACCGGAAUGGAUCAAACCGACGAGAAACAAGUUUCGACCCCGAGAAGCAGAUCCAUCCGUCAAAGUCUCCCGUUUUCUGAUAUUCCUGAAGAACGUACAUGUGAUAGGAUCGAUGAAAUGUUUGACUUUGUGGAAGUUCCAACCGGAGAUUUUGAUGACAAGACUCUGGAACGUACAUGCGAGGGUUAUACUGAAAUCAGAACACAGAUGAGUCCGAUGAAAGCACGCGUUAAUCCAUCAGACAUGUCAGCUAACACAUAUCAAGAGAUCGAGUUUGAAAAAGAUGUAGGCUACUGGGAAGAGUUUUUAAAAAUUCAAUAUGAGAUUACCCCGUAUGUACAGCAAUCCGAAGGAGAUGGUACUGGUUUCAGUGGUGCCUCAUCCAGUGGGCCACAAUUCACUCGUUCCCCUACUCUUGUCACUCCACAUGCUGGUCAAUCGGUCACUGAAUAUCGGGUUUCUGAGAAAGAAGGUUGUGCUAAAACUGAGAAGAUCGUAGUUCAGAAGAUGCUACAACCGGCAGCUCUUGCUACCUCCACUCCGAAAGGAACGUUUGCAUACAGAAACAGAAAUCAGUCGAGUGUUCCAGAAGAUUCGUUUGUCAGUUCCAUUAGUAAUUUUUCGGCAGCUGACAAGAUGAACGAUUCGAGACGACAAAUAUCGAAAUUGAUAGAGACUAUCGAGAAGACCCGAAAGCAUAUCCAACUUGCUGAGAUUUCGUUAAUUGAUGCUAAGAAGGCACGGAUGGUUGUUCAAGAACUGGCUUCUCAGCGUGUGUUGCUCAUAUGUCGCGAGCGCCUAAAACUGCAAUUAGAUGAAGUUCGCCGUCUCCAAGCUCUCUCUGUUGUUCGUCACCCACCGCCACCGAUCAACAGACAUUUCAAGUCAGCAAUGGUUAUUUCAAAUAUCGCCAUUAACUUGAACAAGAAUUUCAAUUCUCGUAAGUCUUUUUUAGAAUCUUUUAGGUUGCAAAAUUUUUCAUUUCUAGGUGGAUCGUUUGCUUUUAUUGUGGCUUUGAAGUGUCGUACAGAAAUCGAGGCUACUGGUGUUGUGACUCUCCUCGCUCACUAUCAGACGCGUCUGCACCAGAUCCAUUUUGGAGAGCAUAUGCAUUUCUCCAAUCUUCCUGUGGAUUUUGUGAUCUCUAUGGAAGUGUACAUGAUGCGUGUGCCUGAAUACAAAGCUCCGGAGAAGACAUGCGCUGCAGUAUUAGCAGCGAAGUUCCGUAGUCUUCUGGUUCCGAAUUCCGCACAACGGCGUUCCAGAAAUACAACGAGUGUGUCAGCAAAUCGAACUGUUUACUCCUUACCUGGAUAUCAAGCGCCGGAAUGCGAGUUCAAGUUUUGUGGGAAGCUAACUUUGGAUCGUGACUCGGCUGGUGACAGACAGUUCUAUUUGGACGAUGUCACAUAUCCACUGGAAGGAACGGUCAAACUUGUAUCCCACUGCUCUUCUCUCCCGGAAGCUAUCGAUGUCGAGUAUCGCGGAUUUUUAUACUUGUUCGACGAACGAUCUCCAAAUGGUGAUGUAGCAUGGGAAAGAUAUUGGGCGAUGCUUCAUCGUGGUGUCAUCUUUUUCUGGAAAAAUCCAAUUGACGAGAAGAAUGAAAAGGUGCCGCUUUCCCAGAUCGAUCUCACAAAAUGCACGAAUCAAUCAAUCGAGGAAACAAGAAAUGAACGAGCACAUGAAUUCCAUAUUGAGCUUCUAAUCGAUCAAACUCCAAGCCUUCUUGAGAAGAGAAGGUAUAUUUCCAGUUCCUGUGAAUUACAUAACAAUCAUUUCUUUUUCAGAGUUGUGCUUGCUGCCGAAUCAACUGAUCAUCUGUCUUCAUGGCUGAACGCUAUCAACGACACGCUGUAUGUAUUACGCUCGUGA